CAACGAAGGAACUGCAUCAUCGGUCACAACCUUGGACAAGUACCAGCAUUUCGGCGUUUCUUGAAGAUCUAAAGAUUCUGCCACCGGCACACUUUCUUAGGUGCACUUCUUUGUUCGGCGGCAGGGGCGUCAACGAGAGAAUCAGCAACAAGCAGAGCUUAGGGGCCGCAGCAGUGUCGGGGCGGCCACGAUGAGCGGCGGUUGGAAUACCAUCGAGUCCGAUGCCGGCGUCUUCACCUACCUGCUCGACAACCUCGGCGUGAAAAACGUUCAGUUCGAGGAGCUCCUGUCGCUCGACCCGGACGCCCUAGCGCAGCUCCACCCCGUGUACGGCGUCAUCUUCCUCUUCAAGUACCCGACCGACACCCCCUACCGCGCCAGCGACAAGCCCCUGGACGGCACGUUCGACCACGAUGCUGCCGAGCGGCUCUUCUUCGCCGCGCAGACCAUCCAGAACGCCUGCGGCACCCAAGCGCUGCUCAGCGUGCUGCUUAACAAGGUAGGCGACAGCAACAGCAGCAGCGGUGGCGGCGACGACGAAGACGAGACGGUCGACGUGGGCGAGGCGCUGCGCGACUUCCGCGAGUUCACCAUGGCGCUGCCGCCCGAGUACCGGGGCGAGGCGCUGUCCAACUCGGAGCUGAUCCGGGGCGUGCACAACAGCUUCGCGCGGUCGUCGCCGUUCGCGGACGAGACGCAGCGGGCCGCCGACGAGGCCGGCGAGGACGCCUUCCACUUCGUCGCCUACACGCCCGUCGGCGGCACGCUGUACGAGCUCGACGGCCUGCAGCCGGCGCCCAUCGCCCACGGGCCCUGCGCGCGCGGCGAGUUCCCCGCCCGCGUCAUGGACGUGCUGCGCCGCCGCAUCGCGCGCUACGACGCCGCCGAGAUCCGCUUCAACCUGCUCGCCAUGGUGCGCGACCUGCGGAUCCGCGCGCGCGAGAUCGGGGACGCCGAGCUGCUGGCGCGGGAGGAGCGGAAGCGGCGCGACUGGCAGUUCGAGAAUGCGCUGCGGAGGCAUAACUUCGUCGGCUUCGCCGGCGAGGUGUUGAAAGGCGUCGUCGCGGCCAAGCUGAAGGAAGGAGAGGGGGCGUAUGAGAGGUGGAUCGACCAGGGCAAGGAAAAGAUGAGGAAAAGGAUAGAGGAGCGCAAGAAGGGCGGCGGUGGCGGAGAGGAUGUCGAGAUGGCCGGGUAGGAAUAGGAGCAGGGGAAGAGAUGGCGGACAUUGGACAUGGUGGAGUGUGUGGUAGGCUCAGCUUAUCACUUCAAACUCUAGCAAAUCGGAUAUACCCAUGCCGGGGUUGAGCAAGUCGUUCCUCGAUAAACUGAACUGAAGAGAUGGCGAACUGCCACUAUCAUCACCAACUGUCCGAUAACAUCCCUCCCUUGGCGGCUUUUAAAGCCUCGGUUCAGUUACCACGGGGGAAGCGCUCAGUACGGAGCGUACAGCACCAGGACCGAAAGCAGAGGUAACUGUUCACCAGCGACGCAGACAAU